AAGUAGAAUGGUACAAUCCGGACAAACUGUACAGGAAGUGUAAUGGAGUACAGAAGGCGACGUCUCGGCAUUGUUUUCUAAUAAUUCGAUGGUGUGCUAAGCAACGGUGUUGGUCCAAUGAUAUAAUGCUAAUGUUGCGUUUUUCGCGUUUGCAGCCCAUUUGGCUUCAGGAUACUCCAAAAGGUACGAUUAACCGAAGUUAACGGAGCAGCUGGGCGUGUAUUUGCUAUCCACAAUUGAACUGUAAGGGCUGUAACGGGAGGGGGGCUCGAGCGCUGCACAGGUGUAAUGACAAGUACUGUUCAGUUAGCCUGCAGCUAACCAAUGACGAGUGCUCUCUUUGAACAUAGGUGACUUAUGCGGAGUUAAAGGUGACUGAAAUGACGCUCCCCUAAUGUCUAAUGUCAUUGGUGAGUCUUAAUUGUUGCAGAUGUGAGUCCAGACUUGUUUGUUUUGGUUGGUAAAAUUAGAGGAAUUAAUAUUAAUACAGGGGUGGCAUCAAUUACAGGUGCAAUACGUAGAGUUCCCCGAUAGUUAAAUAUUCCCCAUAAUUCAAAAAGUGAUACUUUCAUAUUUAUAUUAAUCCCAAACAAAGUGAAAUAUCUCAAGACUUUUUUGUUUGAAUCUAGCAGCUAAUGAAAAUAAAAAAACAACAUCUCAAAACAUUACAGUAUUACAAACAAGGAUUUAUGGUACAGAAAUGUCACCCCUGGAAUAUUAUGUUCAUUUAUUCACUCAGUACUUGGUUAGAGCUCCUUGAGUAUGGUUACUGCAGUGAUGUGAUGUGAUGUGGUAUUGAGUCAGUCAGUCUGUGGCUCUGCUGGUGUUAUAGAAGUCCAGGUUGCUUCUUAUCUGUCUCUUGUUGAUGCCCCAGACAUAGAUUUUCUAUGGGGUUUAGGUGGGCCAAUCAGGCACAGUAACACCAUAAGCUUUGGUGCUGUGGGCAGGUGCCAGGACCAGCUGGAAAAGGAAAUAAGGAAAUCUUGGUCUCCUUAAACCCUCUUAGCAGAUGGAAGUACAAGGGCUCUGAACUCUCCUGGUAGACCUUGGACUGACUUUAUAAAACAAAUAAAUAAGGCGGUUAAAUUGACUUUAAACUAAAAACUGGACUUUGGACCACUGAACAAUAGCCUGUUUUUUUUUCUUCUUAGUCCAGGUGAGAUGCUUAUGAUGUGGCCUCUGGUUUAGGAGCAUUGUGACAGUAGGAACACUUGUAGUCCAUUUCCUGGACACAUCUGUGUUUUGUGGCUCCUCAGCCUCAGUCCAUUCCUUGUAAAGUCCGUCCGUCCCCCCCCCCCCCCGUCUCCACUUAUCUUUUUUUUUUUUUUUAGAUUUAUGGUUAUUAUCAAUAUAGUUUCAUAUUGAUUUAUAUCCCUAUGUUAUUUUUGUAAUUAAAAAUACAGUUGCAAAUACAGUUACAAUUACCUGAGAUCACUGGGGGGUAGUGAGUGGUCAAAAUGAUCUCUGAAUAACUGCAUUCGUACUCUUCCUUUGUCAUAUUUGUAGCAGUUUUACCCUUGAAUAUAAGAAAAGUAAACACUAUACCUGUCAGAAUAAGCACUUUGAACAGUUUAAAUAGUUAAAAUAAUUGAUUUGAUGAAAGUUCUGCCUCUCUGGAAAGGCAAAUAACUAAUAGUUGAAGAUGUUUGGAAAGCCAAUCAUAUUCCAAGGGGGGACCCAUGUUACCUCUCUGGACACGCCCCUAGGUUACUGCACUUUCAUCUUUUUUUUAUAUUCCAGUUUGUUGUUUUUUCUUAAAACACCUGUCCUUUGUUUCACAGAAAGGGCAGCAGUCAUAUCAGCAUCACAUUUAGCCUGAACUUAUUCAGUCAUCCGUCAUAUCAAAGUCGCCAUUCAAUGCCUAAUACAUCAGAAGGUCAAGGAGUAAACCUCCCCGGGCCAGCAGAACCAUCAGGGCUGCAAAGGCCUGCGGAUGGGGAGGAAGAUCACGGUCUGAUGAGCUCCCUCGCUCGGGAUGCCGUCAGGGUCAGACGGGCCUCCAGCGCUGAGCUCCACCUGCCAUGGACCUGCCCGGUCACGCACUCCCGUGAGAAGUUCUACACAGUCUGCUCCGAUUAUGCCCUCCUCAACCAGGCUGCUUCUGUGUAUCGGCCCCCAAACACCUCCAGGGACUUGGUCUCCAACAAGCAGGCUGAUAGCCCAGCACUGCUGAAGACUAAACCCUCGGUUGACUUCAGCUCUAGCCAGCCUGGAGAGGUCCAUGUGGGAUCAGAUGAAGACUGUGACAUGAUGGAGGUGUCCUCUGGAAACACUAAACCUAUUUUGGCCUGGGAGAUUGAUACCACAGACUUCAAUGCUGUGCUGAUGAGAAAGUCAAGAACAAGUAAGAAAAAAUACAUUAGCCUGUUUCAGUCCGUUGAAAACUUGUCAAAAAAUCAAAGCACCUUAAAUAUGCACAAAAAAUUUUGCAACAUUCAGAGCCAAAAUGCAAUAGUUGAUUUCUAUGAACAAUGAACAAAUGUUAUGUUAAAGUUUAGUCUCUCCUUGCUCUAGAUUAGUAUGGAAGAAAGACAGAAAGCAUGGGAAAAUAUUUUAACUUCUAUAACCGUUAUAACUUUUACAACUUAUAAAUGUAUUUUAAAAAAAGAAGCUUUUUCAAACCUCUAGGUGUUUGACUGAUCAGAAAAGAAAAAUCUCUUGACUCUCUUAUCCCCACUUAUUUUAUGUUCCUAUUUAAAAGAUGGACUGAAACAAUUAAGUUUGUUGAUAGCAUAUGUUUAAAAAAAAAAAAAAAACAUAUUACAGGCGGCAGCAGUCUGUUUUCUCUGAUUUUGAUAGUUAAUAUUCAUCCUUGUAGUGUGUCAGGCCCUCUUCCUGCUGUUUCUCACUGCCUGGGUGUGUUGGAUCGGUAAAAGAUGCCUAAAGUCAAAACUCUGAUUUUGUCAUGUUCCUGUUAGUAUAAAACAAUCCCAAAUGGUGUUUUCUGUGUGGACCAGCCUUGUAAAUGAUGUAGCAUUUCACAACUGUAGACUUCAUAAUAAAUGGACGUUCAAGGAACUGCAAUUUUUAGCACAUCUGGGUGGGUGUUAUUUUUCAACCCUGUAAGUUACCUCCUAUUUGCUACAUCCAAAACUAUCAUUGCGCAAAAUGACACCAGCAGCUACUGGCUGCAGGCAUUUUUCAAAUCAGUGAUAUGGGAAAGUUUAUAUUUAACAGGAGACAACACACCUUGGUCAGUGUGUUAAUAGAAGGUAAUACUGAAGGACCACUCUUUCUCUGAUUACCUGUAGCAAAGCAGUCAGUCACCACAUGCAACAGAUGCAAGGGGAGAAAGUAGAGAGGCAAAAUGUUCUUGUACAUUGAUCCUGGUCGGCGCUCACAUACACAUUAAAUAAAUUAAUGAAAAGAAGUGGUUAGCAAAUAUACCUGGGCAGGCUCAAAUGUACUUUAGUGGCCCAACCAUGUAUAGUCUAUGUGUGAGAAACACUAAUUUACAAGAGCUGGAUUUGUUCUCCUGAACAUAAAGCGCCAAAACGUUUUAAACUGUGAUGUGCAAAUUGAUACACAGUUACACAGCAAGAAUCAGAAAAUAUUUAGGGAUGCUGAAAUUCAGUCAAAUUUUAUGAUACUUCUGAUAACUGAUGCUCUUUUUCAGGCAACGUGAAGAAAAGUAUGACCAAGAAGAUGAAGACUUCAGACAGAAUCAGCAGAAAUCUGCAGGAUGUCUCCUCUCAUGCCUCUCUGGAGGAGAUUAAACAGAGAAAAGUGCUGGACCUCAGGAGAUGGUAAUGUUAGUUACAUUUAGUCCCCAACAGUCAGAGCACAGUAAAUCCGGAUUAAAAACCAGACUGUAAGAGAACUGUAAGUGUUGAUUUAUGAUGUGCCUGUGGGAUUGUCUUCUUCAGGUACUGCAUCAGUCGGCCACAGUACAAGACUUCAUGUGGGAUCUCCUCUCUGGUGUCCUGCUGGAAUUUCCUCUACAGCACUCUGGGAGCAGGGAGGUGAGCUGCAUGUAUGUCAUCUUAACACUGAGUAAAUAAAAAGAUACCGAGGCACUAAGUGAGGAUGUGUUUCUGUUGUUAGCCUUCCACCCAUCUCUCAGGAGGAGGCUCUGCACAUUCUGGGUUUCCAGCCGCCUUUUGAAGAAAUCAAGUUUGGUCCUUUUACCGGCAACGCAACUCUGAUGCGGUAAGCAAUUGUAUGUUUGAAACACCACUGCUUUUUCUGUAAACAGCACACAGUUUAGGAAUCAAUCGACUUUUUUUCAUCCAGGUGGUUCAGACAAAUCAAUGACAAUUUCAGAGUACGAGGCUGCUCCUACAUUCUGUACAAGCCGCAUGGAAAACACAAGACAGCAGGAGAAACAGGUGAGUCCCCCAAGGGACAGGGACCAGCCCUGUCCAUGUUGAGAGACCAGCUGUGGUUAAUUUUAGCACCAAUUUCACUUUAGAGAGGCUGCAAAGUGAACAAGAGGAGAGCAGCUGUCCUAUUUUCUGAAUGGACGCCUGCAGUUCUUUGAAAAGUAGACAGUGGAAAAAAAGAUCUGUGUGUUGACCUAACAGUCACCAAAGCAACUACGUCCAUAUCUGUUGAUUAGAAGAUCAGAAUGAGAUCUUGAAGGAAAGUUUAAAGUAUUUUUUUGAUAAUACUUUAAAAAAUUUGAUAAUACUUUAAAAAAUAGACUUUUUUGACUUUUCUGAUUCAAUUUACCAUCCUGACCUGACAGGAGCAGAGAAACUCUUAUUUAUGGUGGUUCUUAAAGGGAAAAUAUUAAACACUUAGAAACAUUGUCUAUGAGGACAGCACAGGCGAGUCACAGCGAGUGAUCCGUCAUACACAGGUAGAGAUAGGCAGCGUGGCCCACUGUGAGAUGUACACUACAUUCAAAAAUGCAUGGAUGAAAGAGCUACAAAAGCAGAGGAUAAACAUAACAUUGUCACCAGUAAGAGAGAUCGGCAAAAGACAGCACCUAAAAUAAGGGAGGAAAUCAACAUGACAAGGUCGAAAGCGAUAUAUCUCUGACAACCAUGAAAUGACGUUUGAGAAAGGCUUGUCUGAAGGGUUGUGUAUCUGCAAAAAAACCCUACUUCGUCCACAGAACAAGAAAAAGAGAUAUGAGUGGGCAAAAGCUCACAAAAAUUGGACUUAUGAUGACAAGAAACAAGUUUGAACUGUUUGGUUCAAAAUGCAGAGUCUAUGUCCGCAGACAAACUGGUGAAUGUCUGAAAGCACCAUGUGUUACACCCACAAUUCAGCAUGGAGGUGGUAUUUCCAUGGUAUGGGGAUGUUUUGCAGGUGAUGGAGUAGGAGAUUUGUUUGAAGUUAAGGGUAAUGUGAAGAAGGAACAGUACCACUCCAUCCUCCAGCACCAUGCUGUUCCAUCUGGACUAAGACUUGUGGCUCAUAAGUUUGUUUUGCAGCAAGACAAUGACCCUAAGUAUUCUGCCAAGCUCUGUCAGGGUUACCUAGACAAAAAAGAAGAGGAAGGUGUUCUUCAAAAUGGUUUGGCCCCUUCAGUCUCCACACCUUUCUCCAAUUGAGCUUGUGCGGGAUGAAUUGGAUCGAUUGGUCAGAAAAACACGUCCCAUGAAUCAGCAGUCUCUUUUUAAUGAACUUAGGAAAGCUUGGAAUGCAAUCCCUGGAACAUACCUUAAAAAACUUGUGGAACGAAUGCCUGAUAUAUGCCAAGCUGUUGUUAAAGCCAGAGGAGGUUACUUUAAAGAAAGCAAAGUCUAAGCAACAAUAACUCAAAUACCUAAUAAUUAUAGUCAAAAUGUCUUCUGAUAAGUUACUCUUUAUACAAUAGUCAUGUUUAUUGUGUUGCAAAUUAUAUAUAUGAAACUAUGAUCUUGCUUCCAAACUUUUGGCCUGUAGUGUAUGUCAGCUCCCAAAGAUGAAACAGAAGUGAUAACCUGUCGAAUCCUUUCAGCUGAAGGAGCGCUGAUGAAGCUGACACAGGGGCUGAAGGAUGAGUCAAUGGCCUACAUUUAUCACUGCCAGAACCAUUACUUCUGCCCCAUGGGCUUUGAGGCUACACCACUCAAAGCAGCAAAGGCUUACAGGUGAGACACGGCACUGGUAUGAGAACCCGUUAUUUUCACAAGUGCCUGUUUGAUUUAUCUAUUUCCAUGACAACGGCUGUUGGUAUUAGCAAAUUUCUUCCUUCACUGAGGGUUUUAAAGGGAUAUUCUGGCGUAAAUUUAAGUUAGGGUCAAACACACCGUAACACCGAAUUAGACACAGAUGAAUGGUGGCAACUGCUUGCUUCGCUAGUUCCACCAACUUCAGCAAUGACCACACAAUAGCAAUACACAGCGGUCUACAUCUCCACGCAUAAACUUCAACCAUAAAGCCACCCUAUAGCCACAAAUAAUGCUCAGAACAGCACUUAACUUCAUCAACAGUACAUAUAGGGUCACAGCUAUAGUACUGGCCACGAAAAAUAUUUUUAGCUUUGCCUGAUUUCUUCAGCAAAGAGACCAAACAGAACUCACCCACUCUCUUCCAGCAGCUGCUUGUUUGUGAGGGAGCCCUGAUAAGUUGAUCACCGAGUGCAGCGAAUCCUUCUCAUGAAGUAAUAAUCAUCAUAAUAAUCAUUUUGCACUGCAGAGGUGGUAGUUCUUCUGCCUUAGCACCUCAGUCUGAAUGCAUUUCCAUGAAGUAAUAAUCAUAAAUGUUGUUCCUUGAGCUGUGAAACUCCACUGCACUCAGUGAUUGACUUGUCAGGGAUCCCCCACAAACAAGUGGCUGCUGGAGGCGGGGUAACAUGUAAACACAUACAUGAAACAUGUUGUCUGUCAACUGAAAUCGCUCUAAAUCAUACUUUUCAUUUUUAGACGAACAUACCUAGAAGUGGUUGUGGAUCAAUUCUCUCUUGCAGUAUAUGCUUCAAUCAGGUCUCUUAGUGCUCCAAGCACACUCCAGAGUUCACACAUCAAGCUCAGAGGUUGCUUGAAGCUGGGUUGUAAACAAAACCUUGACAGAAGGGCAGAUAAAAACAAAGCUGCCAUAUAGCAGUCACCGAAGGUGUAGAGAAUCGAUGUAAACUCUGUUUGCCUCUUGUUUAUGUGUUUGUUAAUUCUUUUGGUGUGUGGCAUAGAAGGCCAAUCAGAAGUAACGAGCUGAAAAGCUGCUCAAGGGACACUUACUAAUGUUAGGAAUAAAAUAAAAUUACUUGAUUUGUUUGUGGCAUUUUGCAUAAUCAUCCACAACAAUUAGGGAAACACUAACAUGUUUUGACCAUACCAUGGUCUGUAUUAGUGAAUGGUCCAACCCACCUAACCACGCUCUGAUGAAGACCCUGUAUGAAUAAAACUGGUUGAUGUUAUUCCUAACUGUUGUAGAUUAUUUAUGUGAUUCAGUUCACAGACUUCCAACAACUGCAAAACUACAAAAGAUAGUCUUUCUCUCUUUAACUCCAUCUCCCAUCAAAGAAGCGGCUUGGAUUUUUUUUAGCAGAGUGAAGUCAUAUUCAGUAUGAUUUUUGUUUGUCAUUGUCCACCUGCUUAAGGACUUAUAAAAUGUUGAAUUGUUUCAUUCCUAAAACCUUAUUUAAUUGAAGAAUUUGGCUCUUUUUUUGUGUCAAGGGGCUCCUUACCCUCAAAUGAAAUGGAGUAUUGGAUCCUGAUUGGUGAACCCAGCAGGAAACAUCCAGCAAUCCACUGUAAAAAGUAAGAUCUGUCUGUUUAGUCUUUGUCUUAUAUCACUAUAGCUGAGCUGUUUUACAUGAAGCCUCUCUUGUAGAUGGAUGGACAUUGUGACUGACCUGAACACACAAAACCCAGAAUAUCUGGACAUCCGUCACACAGAGAGGGGCACCCAACGACGCAAAACCAAAAAGGUUCCCCAUCUCUCACCUGCCAUUUGAAAAUGAGUUUUUGCUUCAGGGUCAAACAUCGACUAAAAUGAUGUUUCAUGUGCUAACAGGUGGGAGGUAACCUGCACUGCAUCAUGGCCUUCCAGAGGGUGAACUGGCAGAAACUUGGCCCCUGGGCUCUGAACCUGGAGAACCUGCGGCACGACUUUCACCACUCGAGUGCAGAGCGAGCCCACGCCUCCAAUGAACCAGAAGACAGGAUUCCAUCGAAGCGUCUGGCCAACCUGGGACGCUCACACAGUAUGGGGAGUCAGAAAGACAGCAGCUGGAAACGCCAGUCCAACACAGCCGAGCACAGACAGAGGAGCUCACCUGACAGCGACCUGGAGGAAGACAACAUGGACUGAACAGGUUUAACAGGAUUUACAGAGAGACGUAGAAUACAACACAGCAGCCAAGAGGUACAUCUGUCCAGGAAAAGUCUGGUCAUUUUUACUUCUAAUAAAUCCCAUGCAAAAACCAAAUCCAUCAAUGUGCUACUUUAUCAUCUCUGUUAAACUUUCUCCGUAAAACUUACUCGUUCAACUUCAAUUUUAUACAUUAUAUUUAGACUUUUGAACCUGUAGUACAUUUAAAGCUGAUAUAUCAAUCAAUUAAUCAAUUUUUAUUUAUAUGGCACCAAAUCACAACAGUCAUUAUCUCAACACACUUUCCAAAAAGAGCAGGUCUAGACCACACUCGUUCUUAGAGCAUUGGAAGCAUCAGUAGGAGUCUAGAAUCUGCUGUUUUGUCCUGUUUAGGCCCUUAGCCCGACUUUACUUGGCUCUUUAGCCACUCCUGGAUUUUGCCCUGCCGGAAACUAAAUGCUGAGCACAUGGUGCAAAGUGGGUUUUCCCAAGGGUUUCAGAUAGCUGCCUACUGCUCUGGAAAAAUGACACUUAGAGCUGUGAAACUGAACCAGGACAGUUCAGCUGCUCCGCCUGGUGGUUAAAAGACAAUAAAGCCAUUAAAAAAGCUGAAUAGUUUCCAAAAAGAGGAGACCGUGUAGUUCUUGGAAAAUGUCACUCAGGUGACAGUACAGUGCAAUUUUUUAGAGAGAACUUUAGGGGAAAGAUUGAUAUACAUUAUUGCACCAAAUAAUAUUCAGUAGGGAUUUUCUAAACGACUGUUUUCGCCCCUGAUCCUGAUCAGAUAUCUGAUACAGAGUUCUGACCAGAUACUUGCAUUUCUUUAGAUCAUAGAGCUGCGCGCUGUUUUUUGGGUGUACAGAAAUAACUUGGUUCAACAUGAACUAAAAGAUGUCGUCAGCUUAUUUUAUUUAGCUUUGUCCCACUAGCUUGUAAAACUUGAAUAUGAAAGCAAAACAUUACUCAGAUUGGUGAAAUUGCUUAGUGAAAUUUAAUAACAUCUAGUAUCAAGAAGGCAGGACAUAGCAUGGAUCCCAGAGCUCUAAAAGAAGUUAAAAACUUGGAUUUUCUACCACAAAGAUGGGCUGGUUGUCCAAAAUGAAGAAUGCUAUCACCUACUGUGUGAUCUCUGUGGAAUUUUCACUCUUUUUUGGGCUCAAUAUGAUAGAGCCCAACAUGACGUAAUUUGUCAAUAAUGUUACAAAAGAGUUGCCUAAAGUGCAAAAAGUUAUUAUGUUUUGGUCUCAGAAUCUUGUCACAUUAUCGACUAGUUAUUAUAUUUUGGGUUUUAAAACAUUUUUUUUCAAUUACAUUUCAGGUCAUUGUUACUUAUCGGGCUCUAACAGGGCAGCAUCCUUUUCUCCGUUACUGUAAUGAACAGGCCAUAUGAUUUUGCAUGUUAAGUUUUUAGAUGUAUCAAGCUUAUAGUACUGAGUGCAUCUGUUCUUGAUACCCCCUUUAAAAACUAUUAUAAUUUAAAAUGGAAAAUGAAAAACAGUCCAGCUGCCACUUACAAAAUAUUUUAUACAUUUCCACAUGGCUGACAUUUUAGUUACAGAGUUUCCAAGAUGUCCAUAAAUUGAACCCUUGUUGUGCAGCAGCUGAUGGAAAUGAUCAGGGUGGCAUGAGUGGCUCAAAUCACUGAUUCUCAGACUGCUAGGCUGUGAUGCCCCAGCCUUUAUUCAACUGACUAAGGGUGCCCCACUAGCAUAGGCUGUAUUACCUGUUGCAGCAGUUGUUGGUAAUGACCCUUUACUGUAUGUCUUCUCCACUCUCUACCCCCUUAUCUAUUCAGUAUUCAUAUUCAAUAUGGGCAAAAGUGAUCAAAAACAUAACUUUGAAAAGAAAAAAAAAUCCCAGAUGGGCUCAGUCUCAGUUUUUUAAAUCUGGAUCAGGACAUCCCUUCUUCUUGAAGAUGACAAGACAGCAAAUUAGACUCGAUAAUUUAAGACAGACUUUAUUGAUCCUUUUAGAAAGGUUCGCUUUAGGAAAUUAUGGGGAUACACUAAUAGAAAUUACAAAGCUCAAAAAAUCACUUAGCUAAUGGUGUGCUUUGGUAGAUUUUAGAUUGAAUGGAAGUCUUCAGCGCGGAGAAAACAAGCUUUGGGUACAACGACACAUGGUUUAAAGGACCAAUUCUUGCUUUUUAAUGGUGUUUCAUGGGAUUUGUUGAUGUAAAAGACAGAAAAUUAACAGACUUGCCCCUAAAUUGAAAGUUGAAAUUUUAAGACAGUCUGAUGGCUAUGCUCACAUUUUUGGGCCAAGUCAUGGAUUUUAGAAAUGGUACAUACCCGUGAACCAGGGAGAGAGGUGUUAUCUUUAUGGCAGCUGUAUUGUAAGUUGUUUCAGUCAUUUUUUCUGUCUAUCAUUUAAUAACUAAAAGGAAUUUAGGUGUUUUCAACAUGUUCACACUACUGUAUUAUUUUAAUCUCAUUCUACCACUACUCAUCACACACACAUACAGCUCUUAUUAUGCUUUUGUCACACAGUCACUGCAUUGAUCCUGUUAGAGAGCACAUUUGAAGUCACGUUAGUGCUGUUCAGAAACACAUUUGCUGUAUUUUCUGUUCAAACAUGACACUCCUCCAUGUUACCUUGUACAGGUGAGCUGCUGCUCCUGGUGUCCAGUGGUCUGUUCAGUUCAGUGGAAACUCUGUCCAGUUUCAGUGUCGUGAAAGCAGCUGACAUUUUGUUGUGCUUUGUGAAACCUACUGUGAGACUGUUACACGGGUGUUGAUCCCAGUUUUUUAGAAGACUGGAGCUGUACAGAAAUGAUAGUGGAGAUGCUCAAUCCUACUGACUGCAUGGAAAGAUGGACGACACAUUUCCACUUCCUCUCACUGUAAAAAAGAUGAAGCUACAGUACCUUCUUUGAUUGGCUCUGAUAAAUUGCAUUUUAUGAUGACUUUUAGAGCCGGAGUGUAGGCAGGAGAGAUUUGGACUGUGCUUGGAAAAUCUGAAUGGCAAAAUAACAGGUAUCUUUGCCAAUAACAGCAUCAGUGCAUUUGUUACAGAAUCGAUCCAAUAACAAAUGUAAGCAGCUUUAAAGGGGACAUCAUCUGUGGUGCACUGCGAAAUAAAAGCCUAUAGAUGGUAGUAGAAGCCAAACCACAUGAUGAAUCCUCCUGUGACAGAAAUUAAAGCCCAUAUCUAGGAAUUAUAAAAAUUAAGAUCACGAGAAAUAGGUCAGAACUUUCCAUGCCUUCAGCUGUGAAAAAAGCACCUUAACAAGAGAAAAGAUGAAAAGCUGCAGGAAUAAAGUGGCAAAAUCAUUGCGAAUAAAGCCAUCAACUUUACAAAAAAUAAAAACAGUUAUUAGAAAAAUACUGUAAAACUAUAACAAAAAAAAAACAAAACAAAACAUAAUUUGAUUAAAAAGAUAGAUUUGAAAUGUAAUUAAGCUGUGAUUUCACAAGAAAAGUGAUGACAGCCUGCUCCUGAAUAUGAGAAAAGUGAAUCCUUUUUUAAACUUGAAUUCAUAACUGAGGACAAACAGAUUUUGCAGAAGUGAGCACAUGCUAUUUUUCAUGUAGCGUCACACCAAACGCAAAACAAAGUGCUAAGUUGCUUAAUUCACAUGUAUCUGAACACCUGAACUUGUUUGCACAAAUAACUCGCUCCACUUGCUUGUCUAUGAUGUAAUGCAAUAGAGAAGAGGCUAAUUCAUAUCAUUUAAGCCUGAUGACAUCAAACAUGGUUGAAGUUGACCACAUUGUGAAGAUUUAUUGUUUUUCAACAACUUAACAGAUAAUCUGACCACUACACUCCCUUUUUCCUGAGCAAGCUCUUUUUUUCUUGCUGUCUCAAUAUUCAAAAGUUGUAUCCUGUAGCUCAGGUCUGACGUCCUGAUUGGUUAGUUCUCCAUUUUUUUGAUGAAAGGACUUCCACUGGUCCAUUACUGAUGUACACCACCAGGGAAUCUUCAUUCUAAUUGGCUAUCAGGGUGUUUGGUAUAUGCACAUUAGCGUGCCCUUCUUUGUAACAGACUCGCAGUCUAUGCUGAAUCCUAAUGCUUAUGUAAAUGGGGAAAUGUGGUGACUUACAGUGACCCCAGCCAAACAGAGUCUUGCAUCAGUUUCAAGCAGCAAUCACAAGGAUGGAAAGUUGAAGGACUCUUAAGUGUUUGGGACAUCUCAUUUACCAACAUAGCUGACAAUCUGAAUGUUUGACAUGUUACUGAUGCAUCAAAUAACUUAAUUAAAUCUACACUCCACAGAUCAAUCAACAGUAGGGCAUAAAUCUGCAUUUCAAGAACUAAAAUGACAGAAACUGUAUAACAAACAUUUCUCUGCCAUGUUUUUUAUUAGUAUUAUUAUAAAGCUCGCCCCAUGGCUCAUCUGUCCAAAUAGAGAGGCAGGUCUAUGACCUAUACUGUAGCCAGUCAGCAGAGGGGGCUCACAACAGUUGGGCCUCACUUUUAUGGAUUUGUCUUGUCGUCCAUCUUUCUAUACAGUUUGUAUUCUAUCCCUGGUAAUCAAUCCAAAUGUGAAACCUAAGAGAGUUAAAGCCUGCAUGGUUUAUUUUCAUGUUUAUAUUCAGACACAUUUAAUCACGACACCUUUAUGGUGCCAUUUGUCUCUGAUCCCACCACUCUUGUCAUUCCUCCUGUGAUUUGAUGUAGUGGUUAUUUAUUUAUUUAAUUUUACAAUAAAUGAAGAUUUUUUUAUAAACUCCUGGGACAGACAUCUUUCUUCAGAAGUUUCACAGUUUCCGUCCACUUCACUUUGCAGUUGUGCGGCCUCUUUUCAGCUCUCGUCUCAACUCUGCUAUGUGAGUGGGUCUGAUUCGACAACAGCCACCUGAGUGACAGAGAGAAAAUCAGUCAUGAACAGAGAGUGGGAUGACAAAAAAGAACAGAAGAGGCAAAGGUUAUUCUUACCUAUCAAAGCUGUGCCUUGCUUCUUCCACGCGUGACUAAAUUUAGGUAUUGAUGCUGACCUUUUUUCUGACGUGAGCCACCUUUUUAUGAAAACAAGCAGAUUGAUUCAGUUAUUUGUGAAAGACAAACAACACUUUGAAAGUUCUAGUUUAUUGCACAAAAGCAUUCAAGUGCAUCAAAGAAGUUUCGAUCUUUGUAAUCCUGUUUGGAUAAGUGCUGUAUAAAUAAAGUUAAUCAUCAUCAUUAUAA